AAUACUAAUCCAAAAGCACAAAAUCCACAACCCGCACCUGUUGUUGAUGAUGAAGGGGUUAUUGAUUUGGGAAAUCUCAAGAGUGAUGUGUGUCAGCACUUUAUAAAGAUAAGAAAAGGAGAAUUCAUCAAAGCUAAAUGCAGUCAUUACAAGAAGUUGCUUGCUGGUGAAUCUAAUAAUGGUACCUCUCACUUGAGAAAUCAUCUCAAGACUUGUAUACAAAGAAAGAUUCAAGAUGGGAAGCAAAAGGUACUUGAUGCUAACUUUGUCACUAAGGGAAAGAAAGAAAUGGUUGCUACUCAAUUUAAUGAAGCUGUUCCGAGAUAA